AUGAACGAAGCAAAAAAUGCCCCUUGUAACUCAGGGGUUGUUAUAGAGAACAAGCUGAACGUUUUGACACAAGAAACAGCUUUUCAAAAUAAAAGUAAAAAUCACCCAACGCCCUCAAAAAGCCAAGCUCCAAAUAGUCAUGAACAGAUCUUUGUAAAGAUGGAUGCAUUAAGCUCAGAAUGCACACCACAUGUAACAGCUAAGCAGACAACUUCUGACAAAAACCCAUCUGUAGGAGAGCAGGGAUCAAAUAAUGCACCUGAACACCAAUUGAUGGUAACCCAACAAGAAAAUGAGGCACAACGUGUGAAAAGAAUGCCUGGGCAGUCAAGUCAAGAUUAUGACACAGACACAAAGAACGCUGCUAAUCUCACAUCUGAGGCUGCAGCAACAGCAGAACCAAGCAUGAAAUGUUCUGAUGACAAAAUUGCUGAGCAAGUGACUGGUAUAUUGGCAAAUGGAAUCAACUGUGACUCGAAAGUUGGGGAGGAUGCUGACAAAAGCUCAGAAAACAUCAUACUCAUGCAGCUGGCUGAGAAAAAAGACAGCACUACUUUUUUGGAGCAGAGCUCAGCAUGUGGCAAGGAUACACAGAUGAAACACUCUGCAGAAGAUGUGCAGAAAAGGCUGAUAGUUGGAGAGACAAUACCUAAUGGUGCAACUGUAGAAAAAGAACAAGUCCAAGUGAAGGACAGUCGAGAUGGAUUCAGUUCUACAUUUGAAAGAAUUGUGGAAUCUGACCUUAUGAAGGGCACUUCAUACAGUAGCCUGGAUUCUUUGGACAUGUUGUCACUGACCGAUGAAACAGAUAGCUGUAUCAGUUUUGAAGCCCCUCUCACACCUCUAAUUCAACAACGUAUCAAGGAAACCCCAGAACUACUACAGCAGAAAUUGGUUCAGGUUGCUGAACAGCGGGAGAUCCUGGAAGCUGGAGUUAGCAAUGACCAGGAACAUCAGUCUAGGAUGAAUGAGGGAAGUGUUGAAAGUCCACUGAGACACUCACUUACCAGCAGCAGGUCUGAGAAUGUCCUUAGUAGAUCCUCUUUGAAGUCAAUGCCAAAUGGUUUGCACAAUGAGAGGGAUGAACUAGAAGAUGACAUCACCAAGAUAGUUAAAUCCAUCAGUGAUGCCAACUUUAAGGAAACCUUAUCUGAUUCUGAUUCUGAAAUGGACAGUACAGAUCAACUUGAACAUGGAAGCACUGACACUUUAGCUAAUGGCUGCAAAACGGAUAUAGAUCCUGCAAAACGACUUGCCAAAAGACUGUACAAUCUCGAAGGGUUUAAAAGAUGUGAUGUGGCACGGCACCUUGGAAAGAACAAUGAUUUCAGCAAGCUGGUGGCUGAAGAAUAUCUUAGUUUCUUUGACUUCACAGAUUUGACUUUGGAUAAAGCACUUAGGAGAUUUUUGAAAGCUUUUCCACUGAUGGGUGAAACGCAGGAGCGAGAGAGAGUUCUGAUUCAUUUUUCUAAGAGAUACUGUCAAUGCAAUCAUCAUUGUAUCAAUUCUGAAGAUGGAGUCCAUACCUUAACUUGUGCACUAAUGCUUUUGAACACAGACCUUCAUGGGCACGUAAGGGAAAGAAAACAAUCCUGUAAAAGCAGAUAUACAAAUCUUGAUGGGCUUAGCAGGUCUUCCUCACUCCCACAUGAUCUCCUACAGGGAUUGUAUAACUCAAUAAAAAAUGAAAAGCUGGAGUGGGCUGUAGAUGAAGAUGAGUUGAGAAAAUCCCUGUCUGAGCUUGUGGAUGAUAAAUGCGAAAGUUGUCCAAAGAAAGUGACCAGAAUCAUUGAUAGCAGUAAUCCCUUCCUCGACAUCCCUCAGGCACUGAAUGCAGCAACCUACAAACAUGGAGUUCUCAAUCGUAAAACACAUGCAGAUAUGGAUGGAAAGAGAACCCCGAGAGGGAGAAGAGGAUGGAAGAAAUUUUAUGCAGUGCUCAAAGGGACUAUUCUCUAUUUGCAAAAGGAUGAAUAUAAAUUAGAUAGAGACUUGUCUGAAGUGGAUCUGAAAAAUGCUAUUCGCAUACACCAUGCAUUAGCAACAAAAGCUAUUGAUUACAGCAAACGUCCCAAUGUUCUUAAAUUGAAGACAGCAGACUGGAGAGUCUUUCUGUUCCAAGCACCAAGUGAAGAGGAAAUGCAUUCUUGGAUAUUGAGAAUAAACCUGGUAGCUGCCAUUUUCUCAGCACCAUCCUUUCCAGCUGCUAUUGGGUCACUGAAAAAAUUCAGUCGGCCACUUCUUCCUUCGUCUACCACCAAACUCUCCCAGGAGGAGCAGCUGAAGUCUCAUGAGACCAAGUGGAGACAAAUUACAACUGAAUUAGCAGAACACAGUACUCACCCCCCAGAGAAGAAUGUCAAAUCUAAAGAUGCAGAGGAAUUCAGACUUAAAGAACAUUAUUUGUUAUUUGAGAAAAGCAGAUAUGAAGCAUAUAUUAACCUACUGAAGGCAAAACUAAAGGCAGGAACUGAUGAUCUGGAAAAAAUUGAGGCAAUUAUCUUCAGCUUUGAAAAUGAUGAAAAUUCCUUAAGGAAGACUCAGUCUAGUCCUUCGCUGAACCAAGGACAUUAUUCUCUAAAUGGCAAAAUGGAAAAGAACAUUUUUGAACAGAAAUGUUAUCCCAAGCAAUGA